AUGGCGUGGGAUCAUCUUUCCGUCAAUAAACCUCAUUUGGUUUAUAUAAUUUUGGGUGGCUUCACCUCAUUAUUUAUGCUGUGUUCCUCCUUCAUCAAGGAGCGCAUGUAUAUCGGUGAAGCCACUGUUGCCACCAUUUGUGGUAUCAUCUUUGGACCACAUGCCGCCAAUUUGAUCAAUCCUGAUACUUGGGGUAACACCGAUCAGAUAACUUUAGAAUUCUCGCGUAUUGUUCUCGUUGUUCAAUGUUUUGCCGUUGGUGUCGAAUUGCCCAGGCAUUAUAUGGAGAAGCAUUGGAGGAGUGUUGUCUUUCUGUUAUUACCUGUGAUGACAUUUGGAUGGUUGAUCACAAGUCUUUUCAUUUGGUGGUUAAUCCCUACUCUUAACUGGCUGCAGGGACUUUGUGUGGCAGCGUGUGUGACCGCGACAGAUCCUGUACUCGCCAGUUCCGUGGUUGGAAAGGGAAAAUUCGCAAAGCGAGUACCGAAACAUUUGAGAGAUCUUUUAUCUGCCGAGUCAGGGUGCAAUGAUGGGAUGGCAUUCCCGUUCAUCUACCUUUCUUUAUAUUUGAUACGAUUCCACCUCAAUGCGAGAGAAGUUACAUUUGACUUCGUUGUCAUAACUGUUCUUUACGAGUGCGUAUUUGGUGCAGUUUAUGGCUUCGUUGUCGGUUACAUUGGAAGGCACGGAAUCAAAUAUGCGGAGAGACAUGAUUUGGUCGACCGUGAAAGUUUUCUCGUGUUCUACUUCGUUCUUGCCCUAUUUUGCGCAGGCUCGGGGAGUAUUCUUGGGGUUGAUGAUCUUCUCGUUGGCUUCGCUGCUGGCGUUGGCUUUUCGAAUGACGGUUGGUUUACUCAGAAAACAGAGGAAUCUCAUGUUUCCAACGUCAUAGAUCUACUCAUCAACUUGGCAUAUUUUGUCUACCUUGGUACAAUUAUUCCUUGGGAACAAUAUAAUGACGUGGAAAUUGGAACUACGCCAUGGCGGCUAGCGGUCAUCGCAAUUUUGGUCAUUUUCUUCAGGCGCAUACCGAUCAUGAUGGCACUGAAACCUCUGAUACCCGACAUUAAAACUUGGCGAGAAGCUUUAUUUGCUGGUCAUUUUGGUCCCAUUGGAGUGGGCGCCAUCUUUGUAGCUAUUCUUGCAAGGGCCGAGCUUGAGACUGAUGGUACAACACCCUUGGCCGAUUACCCUGAUCGAAAUGCGCCAAACUGGGAAUUGGUAACGGUGAUUUGGCCAAUCGUAACAUUUCUUGUCAUUUCCUCUAUUAUCGUACAUGGUUCAUCCAUCGCGGUUUUCACUCUUGGGAAACAUAUCAAUACCUUGACACUCACAAUGUCCUAUACCCAAGCUGGAGAUGAUGGGCCUACUUGGAUGAAUCGCCUUCCUCGUAUCUCAUCCACAUCAAGAUCUCAAGCCAAGACAGUUGGAUCGGAAACUGAUGGCGAAGACUUGACAAUGGAUGAGAUACCUCCCGGCACCCUGCCACCUCCUGGAGGGAUACCUGGAGGAUUCUUGCGCCGUCAAAGGGAGGAAGAUAAUCCAAGUAGAGCCAGCAGUCGCCCAUCUUCAUUGAUUCCUCGACGCAGAAAGAAGAAGUGGGACGAUGGAGUAGGUCCCGGGGGUCCCAUCAGCGAGUCAGCCAUUUAUCCCGCCCGACGGAGUCGCGAUUAUUCGAAUGAACAAACAUCAGAUACUUUAACGCCCGGAGGAUCUUCGCCCGACAACGAGAAAGCAAACAUAGAUGACGAGUCCAAUGAAGGUGAACUUGGAGAAGUUCAACACGAUCCCGAAAUGGAGGAAAUUAUGCACCAUGGCGAGAAGGCCGAGCGACGUGAUGGGCACAUGUCAAAUGCCCAAAGCCAGCCUGGCAAGGCGGAAGUUUAUGACGAGGGUGACCAUAUUAUAAUUGAAAAUGAAGACGGUGACGUGAUCAAAACACUUAGAAGCCCAGAGGCGGGAAACUCAAAGGACGGAAUCGAGAAUUUGGAAAAGGAUAUUAAGCAAGGGACAGAGAAAGCUUACCAGAAGUUCGGAAAAAUAAUGGGGGUUUGGCGAAAUAAGGACGAGGCCAAGGGAGUUAAGACGGGUGAAAGCUCACAAGGAAAAAAAGGGAAAGAGCCUCGCAAAACUCGGGGUCCAGCUUUAGCUUACCAGUAUGGACGAUCUAUCAUUGUUGAAGAUGAAGAUGGAGAAGUUGUCAAAACAUAUGAAUUACCACCGGACCCAAACAGCAAAGGUCCCAGAAAUGGUGAACCUAGUGCUGUCCGUCAAGGGAUAACUCGUAUGGGCACAUGGACCGGACUCGGUGGCGCUAAGGCAUCAGCCGACACCCCUAAUAAAACAGACGGUACAAAAUCGGAUCCAGCCCGCCAGGGCAUAGCACGAAUGGGUACCUGGAACUUUGGCAAGGCGGCUCCCAAUACCGAUAAUAAAGAGACCGAAGAAGAUGAUGAUCGUCGUAUCCGAUUCACCAUUGGAGGAGCAGGACGCCGUUUAACCAAGGAAGAUUUUUUGAAGGAAAUUCAAGGUCUAGACCCCAAAGCAAGAUGUGAAGUUGUUGAAGAAAGCGAUGCACCCAAAGAGAUGAAGGAUCUGGCAAGGAGAGACGCCAGUGAUAAAACACAGGGAAAUUCACGUCUAUUCGAAGCGCAAGAUACGCAGCUAGCUGCUGGCGCGCAAACUGCGCGAGUGAUUGGAAAACAAAUGGCGAAACAGCAGGGCGCAAGAAUUGAUGCACAGGAUAACAUCAGAACCAGUGGAGCGGAAAGCAGCACUAAUGAUAUACCCGAGUCAGCUGCGGAAAGGAGAAGAAGGCAUGAUGCUUUGAAAGGGGUAGAUGAGGAUGAUGAUGAUGAAGCUAGAGGACGGGGAAGGGGACGCUCUCCUGUUCGUGACAGCGAGGUUCCCGAAGAAAGAGAAACGGCAGCGGAAAAGAGGAGACGGGAGGCAGCGCUUGGCGAAGGCGUACAGAGUGAUAGUGAUGAUGACGACACACCGAGAGUGCCACCACCGGCCGCACGAAGCAGGGGUAUCAGGUUCGCGCAGAGUCCUGUGAGAGGAAAGAGAUAG